CGUAGCGUGUAGAGAAAACAACGCCCUUUCCCGAUAAAUUCAUCCGUCUCGCGUCGAGUCCACCCCGCCGCACACAGACAGCAUAUCGCGGUGCGUACUGGUGAGUGGCACACCGCGCCGACUCCGUGUGUAUGUCGUCGUCGACAGGGAGCGAUCCACAACGAGGGGGCAGCGACGCGGUCACCGCGGCGCCAGGUGUGACUUCGCGCCGUAGAACCGACGGUACGGUGGUGUUUCCCGCGCACGGCGCGGUAAUUGUGCCCUAUGUGAAAUCGGAAGCGUGAAAGGCGGCGGCGUUGUGUGGAGGCGACGAUCCGAGACGACGACAACAUGGUGCUUCGAAAGUCCGAGUACCGCAAGAGCUACAAGUGGUUCUCGCCCGACAAACGCAACGCCCUGUGGUUGGAGAACGCGCUGUACCGCGCCGAGAGGCGCCAGCGCGAGUAUGGCCACGAACCGCUGGGCGACGAGGCGGACAGCGGCUACGAGGUGGGAGACUCCGAGUCCGAGGAGUGCGGCUUACCACCGACGAAGCUGAGGCAGCGCCGGUUGCAACUCAUCGCGGCUGCCACGGCAGCGCCCGCCGAAGACGACGUUGACGACGGCCGCCACCGAAAAUCCACGACGCCGCAAGCAGCUCCCCGUCGUCGACCGGCGGAGAAGAUCGACGCACGCUCGCGCGCACCUCCUGACAAGCACGCAGUCACACAGACCGCGCGGCCUGCCAAGAGAGAUAUCGCGGUGCAGACUGUGCUGGCCGACAUCAUGAGGCUGCCCCGAGUCACUCAGGACCACAAACGACGAACUCGUAGCAGAUACCGCGGAAGUCCCAGGAAAGAACCAGAACACUGUCGACACUGCUUUGCCCUGUGGGGCGCCCCCUUCGAGAACUUUGGCUGGGCAGACGAUGUCGACACGAUAGGGACAAAACAGACGUUCAACGUGGCUGCCUCGACCAAUGAGGUGUAUCCCUCGGCCCUGGCUGCUGCGAGAACACGGCAGCGGUCACCAACUCCGCCACCGCCAAUGCAGCGCAAAACCUUCCGGUCAACCCGUCCACACUCGGCGCCCCCCAAGGACCGGCGCCUCUGGAUCUCGGAGUACAGAGAACAGUACCGAUGAGGUCGCUUUCUCCAGCAGCCAUACCAUAGUCAAGGGAUGGCAUGCAGCCAUGCAUGCCGUCUGCUAAGCCACAGAUGCACAACGACUGCCAUAUCCCUGUGGGGCCCAUAAGUCAGCUAGCCAGGCUGACUGAGCGAUGCCCACGCCCUUCAGACCUGCUGGUAGUCGAGUAGAGUGCCUAUUGGGGCAGCUCAGUAACCAACUAUGCAGAUAACUCACGCACAUGUCAAGCAUGCUUGCCUCUUGGGCUUGCAUCUACCACACAUAUCAGGGAGAGUUAUGGAGCUGUGGUCAUGGUAUUAUGUAACUUAGCCACAAGAGGCCAUCUAGCAACCAGGAUAGCCAUUCAGUUCUCAGGUACUAGUCCCAGGUGUUAGACAAAGCCAAGCUACCAUACUUAAGCGAUGCACAGAUUUCUGUCACAACAGGGUUCUCAUGCACAUGCUUUCAUCACUUAGAGCAGCCUCUAGAUCUGGAAUUGGAGUCUCUGGAACUGGUCUCAUACCUGUGAUGAUGUCAGCAGACAGUGAACAAGUUAAUUCAAUAGUGCAAGGGUUCUACUGAGGUAACAAAUAUAACUGUUGAAAAAACUGUCGCCAAGCUGAGCUACCUAUGUUCUACAGUGCAGGUUACUUAAAGGAUUGCCAUAGGCUGUAUUGUAGGUAAUCAGCCUUCAUAUGAAGCAAAUGGAAAUUCACCAGCCAUGCGUGUCGAAGGUUUUAAUGACCUAAAACACCACAUUUUAUGUCGAGUUGCUAAGCUCGCAGCGCUGAAAACAUAUGGCCUUGUUCUGGUUCAUCUGUUGUGGGUGUGCAUCAGAAAAAAAAAAAAGAUACUGUUAUGUAGGCUGCAACGGUUCCAUGGGGGUUCACACAAGAAACCAAGCUCUGUCCAAUAUUGCACUUUGGUGAUGGGCACAGCACAAGCAUGCAGUAUUUUUUACUGCACGUUACUCCAGGUAGAGGUGAGGAAAUGCAGUGUGACAUGUUUGGUUCCACUCAUGCUCACAUCAACCACAGUUGGGAUAAGACAGGCGUUGCUUCAAGGGCGCAUCUCGUGCAAUUUUACGACACCAAUGACACACGUCAAUGAGUGGAUGCAACCAGAACUAUGCCAAACAUUCCAGAAAGCACCGUCUCAUCAGUACUAUGCAGAAGCCGACGAGGAGUACGAUGUCGUUUUCUGCACGGGCUCCUGGUUCGAGGGAGUGGUUGUCGCAAGCUAAGCGCAUCACUGCCAGAAUGCCAUAAUACCUUGCCUACCACUACUGUAUACUCUAGUAGUUAGGCAAAGGAAACUUUUUUUAUAUAUAUAUAUAUACUUACAGAGCCACGUGUGUGUGCAGAUUCACUUUUCACUUUACACCAGUCUCCUAGAUAGAUGGCAACCACAGUGUACAAACGUGUACACUGCACAAGCCCAAGCUUUUCACUAACUUCACUGCCAGGAUUUACCGAGAGGCAGAAAUGAGUUCAAAGCCCCCAAUGGGAUAAAACAAAGGCACAGCUACUUUUUGCACAUACGUUCACACAAAGCUUUUUGAUUCUAAGCACUGCAAGUCUUGCAUAUAAGCAAGUCCCAGAGCAUGACGUCACUAGGAUGCAGUAAGACUGCUGUCACAUUCUUUGCAGACACAAAAAAAAAAAGAAACUCUACAGGCAUGAAUUUUCGAUGCAGGCAAGUUUAAUAGAUUUUGUUUCCAAAAGUUCGUUUGUAAUGAUAGCUAUCCAAAGUGUCGAACAAUAAACAGGGUGUCAACGUGGACGUCAAUCUUCUUGCCUGUUUGCUUCCAAAUGCGCAGCUCACCUACACGACACCCACUAGAGAUAAGCUACCUUGGACAAACUUAGCUUAUGUACGCUGCCAUAUUUUUCACCAGCCUACUAACAGGAGUUCUAUAGUCAAGCUCAGUCUUCUGCUAGUGAAAACACUUCCUGAGUCACUGAUGCUGCUAAAGAAAUCAAUUCACAUGUUCAAAGGCUCGAAGACGACAUGCUAAGCUGGAAUUAAAUUUCAAAUCUGUCUUUUGUCUUUGCGCUGAAAGUGCGGUUACGGUAUGAAAAUGACUCAUUAAAGCAGGAUCAGCAUGAUGAAAUGCAAAUCACCAUCUCCACGGCGUUUUAUUGGCCACUUCUGUUUCAUCUUGCUGUGUUGUCAUUGCCCUUUAUGCAAGCUUCAGAACAAAUGAGUCACCACACACGUAGUAAACGUGCACACAGGAAUUAGGUGGGAAUUAUACAAGCUGCAAUUGGCAAGCCGUUUGAGGUGGCCACACGGGUUCUGCAAGUGCAAGCUCACUGGGGACUACUUUUUGGUUUCGUUGGCUGUAAACUGCAACGCAUAUAUACUUAUCUAGCUGGAACGGGAAUUCGCGGUAAUCGAGGACGUAUAUUCGCCACGCAAAGCUUAAUUGUCUUCCCCGGGUGAUAAUAAAUGUGCCUUUGCUUCGAGCGUACGACAUUCCUUGAUAUAGUUCCGUGCACUGAAUAUCGCUGCACGGGCUACCGAUUUCGGCGACUACGAGUCGCGCGCGAGUCACGUAUUUGUCCUCCUUCCUGCUCUUUCUUAUUUUUUUUCCUCUUUCGUCUUUCGGCAGUCUGGAAUUCUGCACGAUAAGUAUUUUUUGGACGAACAAAUAAACUACUACACAGUUUG